AUGGGUCAAGGGACGCUGCCUCGGACGUAUUCUGAAUGUUUCGGCGCAGACGCGCGAAGCGGACCAUUCAGUGGAGGCCGUGCUUAUAAAAAGGGCCCAUCGCCUGGUAUCUCGCGCUCCCUCGUCGACACAUUGGGAACAGUUACUAACGAAUUUUCCGUGCACAACGGGAGCCCGUUGGCAGAAGCUGCCGAGCUCUCUCCCGAGAUACAGAACGAACAGGACACGCUAGCGACGACACUAGAAGUCGAGCUAGCUCCGGGGAUCGACCCCGUCGUUAAGAGCACAGAACUUGCAGCUCCGGGGACUAGCCCCGUCAAUACCUGCAGCGCGAAUGACCGCAGCGCGGAUGGAACCUCUAGUGACAGAACGUUCGGAGACUACCUCUCAGACGAAGAGGAAGAUAUGUCGAUAGCCAGCGAAGACGACCUUCGUCCAACGGGGCAAGAUAACCCAGAACGCCCCAUUAUUCCCGUGCCCCUUCAGAACUCCCCUGACCCAUAUCCCCGAUUCAGUGAGAAAUCUUUCUCAUUAUCAGAUAUCUUAGCGAUGCCGGACGACGCUCUCAAUAAGAUCCUUCGCUUCGAAUAUAUUCAGCUACUGGCACUCAGACGGCUCGUGCGUCCACGUCUACUGAAAAAGGCAAAGGACGCGAACUACUUUCGCCCACGCUGCCAACACCACGCCAGUCGAAAGGCCGUACGUGCGGCUUGUGGGCCAAACGUUCCCGAUAUAGUUAGUUCGCAAUGCAGCACCCUCGUAGAUGACUGA